GAAGAGCAGCAGCAGAAGGAAGAGGGACGAGGUCGGGAAGAGGUUCGGGCGAGAAGGACGCGUAGAAGCAAGAGAAGCUGUAUUUUGCAAUGGACAAGCGUCCUGCCAUCUACAGCGCGAAGCCUCGAGAACCGCAGUCAAGGCGCAUCCUUCGCAGUUGCCCUGAACGCAGUACGCAGGCAUCCACGGUCGGGAGAGGAGGGGGAAGGAAGAAGGGGCAAGAGGAGGCGGGAGGGGGGACAAUGAGACGGGGGCGAGGACCAGUGUGGACUGGAGACGGAGAGAAGCAAUCCAUAAUGGCACCGCUACCUAUCAUCGCUGUCUCGUCGACGGUCUGGGCGACCUUUUCCCCGGCCCUUGCCCUUCCUUUGCCCUUGCCCUGCGGGCACCCCCCGAAGGCCCCAGCGGCGUACCCGCCGAACUGCUGCUGGCCGAAGGCCAUGGGCAGCCCGCUGCCGUCGUAGCCCCUCCAAUCGGGAGCGCCACCGUCCU